AUAUGAACAACUCUGAUGCGUUGAAAUAUAACUUGUAAAGCUGGUUUUUGUACCUAGUAGGAGUGCCAGCACAUCAGUCUUGGUCGACUUUAGCAACACAUUGGUCGCUAUUUUCACCUGUAGUUCCUCUUCAAGAUGUUUCUGGCCAAAAAACUCAUUGGUGGCAUCCUGGAUGUUGUGAGCAAUGUUGACCCCGGUCAAUUCGUGCCAUCAGAGCCUCCCCCACCACGCAGACCUCUGGCCUACGCUAAGCCGAAGGAGAAUGAAGAAGAGACACAGUUUCGCAAGGUGUUCCAGCAACUCGCUGGGGAUGACAUGGAGGUGAGCCCCACUGAACUGAUGAACAUCCUCAACAGGAUCAUUGGCAAACGUAGUGACCUGAAGACUGAUGGCUUUAGCAUCGAGUCAUGCAGGAGCAUGGUGGCUGUCAUGGACAGCGACAGCUCAGGAAAGCUAGGUUUCCAUGAGUUCAAAUUUUUAUGGAACAACAUCAAGAAAUGGCAGUGCAUCUACAUAUCAAAUGACACGGACCGUUCAGGGCUCAUCUCCUCACAAGAGCUUCCUGCUACCUUCAAAGCUGCAGGCUUCCCUCUCAAUGACCAGCUCUUCCAGUUGAUGGUACGCAGGUACAGUGAUGAACAGGGCAACAUGGACUUUGACAACUUCAUUGGGUGCCUGGUCAGACUGGACGCUAUGUGUCGAGCUUUCAAGACUCUGGACAAAGAUGAUGAUGGAAUCAUCAAAGUCAAUAUCCAGGAGUGGCUUCAGUUGACCAUGUACUCAUAAAACAUCAAGGAAAGCCUACAAAAAUCCUACAUUCAUGUCUUCAUUUAUCUCGCUCUUUCUCUUAUUUAAGAUUUUUAUUUCAUAUGAACAUUGUUAUUAUUGUUUACAGACGUUCAUACGUCAUUUAGUCAUGAAUGUUCAUUCAAUUCAUCACUAGAUGGCAGCAUUGCAGCAACACCAGGAAAGCACAAAUCCACUUUCUGUCCAAUAGGCCAAACUCAAAUACCUUUCUAUAUUCCCAAAUAUUUUAAAGUUUUGUGUUUUCCUUUUUUUCCAGCAAAACACUUGGUCAAACAUUCCAUACUGCUAUGUAAUGUAAUAUAUACAUUCUAGUGCUCAAUAAAGGGGCAAUAUUACCUAA